UUCAGGGUGAUACUGGGCCAAGAGGCCCUCCAGGAAUCCCUGGCAGAGAAGGACCAAAGGGAAUCAAAGGUGAGCGUGGAUAUUCUGGAUUACCUGGUGAGAAGGGUGAAGAGGGUCUUCAGGGAAUGCCAGGCACUCCAGGAGCCCCAGGGCCUGUUGGACCUGCUGGCUCAUUGGGAAGAAUCGGACAUCCUGGUCCUCCUGGAGCAAAAGGUGAAAAGGGCAAUGAGGGAUCACCUGGAAAACCUGGACCACCUGGACCUCCUGGUAUGCCACUCAGUGAAGGGAAUGGAAUGAGCAGUUUAUAUAAAUUCCAGGGAGGUGGAAGUGUUGCUACUUAUCCUGGGCCCCCCGGUCCUUCAGGUCCAAAAGGAGAUCCUGGCGUAAUGGUAUGUAUACUUUUGCCUUUUUGCUCCUUUUAAAAAAUAAUAUUUCUUUCUAAAUUGAGAUUGGAGAAUAUGGUGAAAUGGGUCUAUCUUUCUAAAUAUCCAUCCAUUGCCAUUUGAAAAUAAUAAGUCUGUGGCUAACAUAAGAAAGGUAAUAUACUUUUUUUUAAAGAUCCAUCAAUCUUCUCCCAAAGUCUGAUAUUGUUACUGUCAGUGGGACUCAUCUCUCAGCCUUAGCUUGCUUCAGAAAUCAUCCUGUUACUCAGCAAAGAACACACAAACAGACCUUUUGAUAAAUAAAACAUUUUC